GAGUCCCUCUCUGCCUGUCUGUCUGUCUGUCUGUCCCUCUGUGACCUUGUGAAGGCAACGGCAAGGCUGUCAGAAGGAAGAGCAGCAUGGGUAGGUUCUUAGGAGAGAACGGUGCGUCUCCUAACACCGCUGCGUCUGGCGGAGGGAAUGAUAGCAAGAGUUGCAGUGAAAAUGGGUCUUUCUCCCACUCCUCGUCCUCGUCCUCCUCUUCCUCCUCCUCCUCCUCCUCAAUUUUGAAGACGGCGCCCAAUGACAGCAAGAGCUGCAUUGAAAAUGGGGCUUUCUCCCACUCCUCCUCCUCCUCCUCCUCCUCAGUUUUUAAGACGGCGCGCAAUGCGUACGUGACUUUCUUGGCAGGAGACGGAAACUACGUGAAGGGGGUGGUGGCUUUGGCGACGAGCCUUCGAUUGGUCAAGUCAACUUAUCCGCUGGUGGUGGCAGUGUUGCCCGACGUUCCCGUGAGUCAUCGGAAAAUUCUUGAGCAGCGAGGAUGCAGCGUCAGAGAGAUUCAACCCCUCUGUCCUCCAGACGUAAGCCGUGUCAAGUUCUCCCACGCAUACUAUGUUCUCAAUUAUUCCAAGCUUCACAUAUGGGAGUUUGAGGACUUCUCGAAGAUGGUGUAUCUGGACGCAGACAUGAUGGUGGUCAAGAAUGUGGAUGAGCUGUUCAAUGAACCGCCAGGAACACUCUCUGCGGCUUUGGACUGCUUCUGCGAGUCUUCGUGGCAGCACACCAAGCAAUACCGGGACGGCUACUGCCAACAGAGGUCACACAAGGUGCCUUCUUUUUGGAGGGAAGAUGACUUCCCCCCUCCAUACUUCAACGCAGGAAUGUUUGUCUUUGAGCCGAGCAGGGCAAUCUUUGUGGACAUGGUCUCUGUUCUGAGCACAACAGUGCCGACUCCAUUUGCUGAGCAGGACUUCCUGAACAUGUAUUUCAGAAAGACUUUCAAGCCUAUUCCCAACUGCUACAACUUGGUAUUUGCCCUCAUUUGGAGACAUCCUGAAAAUGUGGAAGAGGAGGAGCUGAAGAUUGUUCACUUCUGUGGCACCGGACUGAAGCCGUGGGAUUUCGACCCUCUUGCACACCAUGCUGAUGAGCCUUUGGUGAGAAGACUGGCUGAUCGAUGGAGGGAAAUCUAUGAUGUUGCAGCUAUGCCAAGCGAGAGCGGCUGCAUUACCCAAGGAAACGCUAUCCAUCCUGUGGCGACGGGGGCCUCUGCUGUUGCUGCUGCGGCAGCUGCUGAUUCUUCAGUUUCUGAUGCUACUGGGCCCGCUUCUAAUUCUGCAGAGGAUUUCCCUGCCGAUCCUGGUUCUGAAGAGGGAAUGAGGCUGCUGAUUAUCUUGCGACUGCUUGCUGCUUCUUCAAAGGUGUUUUGCUGUUUGUAUUAUCCUGCUUCCGAUCCUGCCUGUGAUGCUGCUGCUUCCUGCUUCUAAUGCUGCCCAUGAUGCUCAUGCUUCUGAACUCAGAGUGCUGCUCACUUUGCGGACUCUGAUGUUCCUUCUUAUGAUGCUAGUGAUCUUGCUGCUGCGUUUUGUUUGUUGCUCUUUUCUUUUUUUUCACAAACUUGACCAUUAAAUCAGUAGGAGCGAUGCGCAGUGUGUACAAAACGCAGGGACAUAAUCAGUGAGUAUUCUCAUCUUCCUAAGAAUUCUGCUGUUGAUAUCAAUUCUGGUGGUGAAACUGAUCCUGCUGCUUAAUUGCCGGUGGUCACGCUGCCUCUGAUCCUGCUGUUGCUGAUGGCCCUGCUGGUGUGGCUGCUUCUAACCCAAAAGUGAUAGCUCUUUUAUUUCUACUGCUGUUCCCCGUGCUGCUUUUGCCACUGACGACGAUGUUGAGAUCGGUAGCUGCUCAUAACAUACACCGGUUUGAGCCUAUCUUGUGCUGCUGACUUGCUUAGGUGCUUUGACUGCAUCGUUGUCUGUAGACUCUGUACACUUUUCAUGCCAAAAAAGCAUGUUUGCAAUUGCAUGAGCUGCUCUAGGUUGCAGCCUCCUUCAUAUAAGUUUCUUUCUUUCAUCUGUUUCUGGUAUGUAUGGUACCAGAACUGUGUAAAAGUAAAAUAGCUCUCUGAGA